AUGGAUUUUAUUCUUAUGAAUUAUCCUGAGAUCUUUUAUUAUUUCCAUAUACUCGUGGCUAAAAUCCGAAAUCGAUCAAAAGUGGAUCCAACUGGAUUCCCACCUAGUCUUGUUGACUCACCUGGUGCUGGUGGAGUUUGGCAAGGUCCACCGCUUCCCGGUUCACAACCGCCAUCACAAAUUCAACAACCACCAAGUCAUUUAAUUCAUCCACCACCACCUCAUCAUCAUCAUCCUGGUGUUAAUACCGGACGUAUACCGAUUAUGUCACCACGUGAUAUACAUUUUCCUCCACCACAUAUGCGAUCGUUUAGACCAUCGUUGCCUCCACCUCCACCUCCUUCACCUGAAUAUCGUAUGCAUGAUUUAAAUAAACGUUUAUCAAUGAGACCAGAAGAAUGCGAUAGUCAAUUUUGGGAUGCAUUUGUUAAUGAAUUUUUUGAAGAAGAUGCUACAUUAACAAUAGCAAUUUGUUUAGAAGAUGGACCAAAACGUUUUAGUAUAGGUCGUGUUUUAAUUCCACGCUUCUUUCGAACAUUAUUUGAUGGUGGUGUGAAUGAAGUUUAUUUUCAAUUAAAACAAACAAAAGAAAUAUUUCAUAAUCCAACAUUAUCACUUGAUUGUGAGCAAGCAUCAAUGAUAACUUGUUUUGGAAAACCACCACAUAUUAAAGUUUGUACGGAUGGACAUUUAAUACUUGAAUAUACAUUUGAUGAUUUAAUGCGUAUAAAAUCUUGGCAUUUUGCAAUAAAACAAUUUCGAGAAUUAAUACCAAGAAGUAUUGUUGCUAUACCGGCUGAUAAUCCAGGUUAUCUUGAUCAGUUAUCAAAAAAUUUAACACGUAGUGGAUUAACAUCUGUUAUGUUAAAUUUUCUCAGGUUAUGUGAAAUUCUUGAACCAAUGCAAGAAUUGAUGUCACGACAUAAAACGACAACAUUUUCACCGCGUGAUUGUUUAAAAACCAUUUUACAUCAACGUUGGUCAAAAACAUGUUCAGAAAUUCCUCUAAGUCCUUCAUUUCAAACAACAUUACCAUGUCAAACAGUUCUAGCCACAGACACUCGACCACCACCUAAACCACGACGGAAAAGAAAAGCAACAGCAGCUACUAAUGCGACUACACCAGGAAAUAAUAAUAAUAAUAAUAAUCCAAAUAAUAUUCCGACAAGUAAAGAUACAAAUAUAAAUCAUUGUACAACUCCAACACCAACUAAAAAACGUUCACCGGCAAGUACAGUUUAUUCUCAACCAACACAACAAGGAGCAAUGACGCCAACUAUGAAUAGUAUGCCUGGGACCUUUUCAGAUAAAUAUUUUAAACUAAAAUUAGUUUCAACAAUGCUUAAUAAUAAAACAUCAGAUAAUUUUAUUUGA